AUGUGCGAAUAUAUUCACAAAUGGUACACCGUCUGCGACUGCGAGUUUGACAUCUUGAUCAAGCGCUGCUCCGCCAGCCAUCUCUGUACUGUUAAGAUCUUCAAGGGGGAUGUUGUCAAGAGGCGCAAACGAAUAGAAACCGCAGUUUUCAUUAUCGUUGGGCGUUCUUCAAUUAUGCUGAGGUUUGCCAUCCCAGAUAUCCCUGAUAAUUUCCCUCAGGGCUGCCUGGAUGAGGUAAUUUUGUUUUGCUGCUGCGGUGGUUGGGGUUCGAAAGGUCCAAUUGUAUCAUGGAUGCUCAGAUACACAAGUCUACAAAUAAUGUCUCUUGCCGCCUCCCCCGAGUACCUCCCCUCUCCCGCCCAACGUCAGUAUCAAUGCAACCCCCACUCGCAGUCCCAAACCUCUUGGACAGCCACCUCGACCGUAAUAGCUAGUCCUCCACACCUCUAG